UAAUUUAGCAAAAGGAAUGCUAGAGCACAAAAAAUCCAUCUUAAGGAGACAGUAACAUGAGAAGUGCUGCAAUUCAAAUACCAUUUCUAGUAAAAGCAGGAAAUGUAAGUACGAUACAGUGAGCGUUAAUUAAAUAGUUCUGCGAUUCAUAUCUUUAUCCUUGUCAUAACCUGUCCCUAAACCUUAAAUCUCAUGCUCAUGUCAGUAAAUGCAUACAUCUGUUUUAUAUACAAAUACAUAUGCAUUUACAUAUUAAUUUGCAUUUGCAUAUCCUGUUCAAACAUAUCACUCAAAAAUUAGCAAUUUGAAAUUAACAAGCAAUUUCUCACAUGGGGAGGCAACAGCAGAAUUUCAAGAGUAAAACAAGAGUAGCACAAAAUAUGAAUAAAUGAACAAAAUGUAAAAAAAAGUGUUAAUAUAAAGUGCUAUUAUUGUCUUUUUUAUUUAACAUUGAAUUUUCAUUGCGUAUACUACUGAACUAUAACCUGAUACAUUGUUUGCAGUUACAUCAUACAGAGCCUCUUGAUAGCAAAGCACCAUCAAAUAGACCCACAGGUGCAAGAAAACAGUAGUGGUAGUCAUUCAUUAUUUACACAAGCAUUUACAGCCUCAAUGUAGAAAGGCAUUCAAAGAAACUUGCACAGCUUAUAUUACAGAUCAUGGCUUCGGUUUAGCUUCUAUACUCAUCAACUCUGAGCUGAAGCCAUUAAGACCUGCCUGUACUACAUUAAUCUCUCAUAAACCUUUGCACCACACAGACCCUCAAAUCCCUUAGUCACAUGAUCCUGAACUCCCUCUGAUCGAUCAGAGGGAGAGAGAAUGGGAUGGGGAGAUUUUCAAGCUGCACCUUAAUUCCAGCCUGACAAAUCCACUUCCAGUUCCUCCCCCAGCCCUGUCCAAGCAGCCUGUAAUAAUACCCAGCACAUCACUAGGAUUGUGAGGCGUCCACGUGACCUGUCUCCAAGUUUCAGGUCAGGCUGAAAGGCACACUUGGUCUGAUAGAGAGAGCUGGGUAGGUUUUGCUGUUGGAGCUCCAGUUGGAUAAGGUAUGAGAUAAAAGCAGCUGUUACAGGAACAUAAAGGACAACAGUCUGAUCAGAUAUGCCACGGCAGUUCCCUAAGAUUGCGCUAAGUGAUGUGGAUGAGGAAGUUCGUCUGCUGGCGGAGAAGGUGUAUGCCUCGGCACUUAAGGAAGAGGACACAAAAGAUGCCCUGUCCAUGUACACUGUCCCUGAAGACUGUCCCAUAGGCUUGCAGGAAGCCAAACAGAGGGAGCUACUCAGAGAACUGGCUGAGCAACAGUCAGAGGAGAGUGCCAAACGAAAGAAGAGUUUUAAGAUGAUUCGAUCCCAGUCUAUGUCACUGCAAAUCCCAUUAACUACAGACAGUAUUGGGGGUGUUGUGACGCCCCUCAUUUCCCCUUCAUCUACCUGUUCCUCAAUCUCCAAAAUUUUUCCAGAGUAUCAAAGAGUCACGAUAAGUGGAGACUACUGUGCUGGGAUUACGGUUGAGGACUAUGAGCAAGCAGCUAAAAGUCUCCUAAAAGCUCUCUUUAUUCGAGAAAAAUACUCAAAACUGGCAUAUCACAGAUUCCCACGGACCACUGCACAGUUUCUACGCAAUGCAGCAAAUGAAAGGUGGACAGAAGAAGAUGAAGUCCAUCCAGAUAUCUGUCCUUGCCCUGGUGAGGGAGACAACCCUUACAGCAUGGAGAAUAUUCCAGACAACCUCAAUUAUCAAAUGAAAAUGAAAGAUGGCAUUAUUUAUGUAUAUGAAAACACUGAAGCUCUGAGUAUGAACAAACCACGCUGUCUGCCUUAUCCAGACCUGGAAACAUUUGCCAUUGAUAUGAGUCAUGUGCUCGCCAUGAUCGCUGAUGGGCCUACUAAGACCUAUUGUCACAGACGACUAAAUUUUCUUGGGUCAAAGUUUUACCUCCAUGAAAUGCUGAACGAAAUGGCAGAACUAAAAGAACUCAAGGGCGUUCCUCAUAGAGAUUUCUACAAUGUCAGAAAGGUAGACACACAUAUCCAUGCAGCAGCAUGUAUGAACCAAAAACACCUGCUUGAUUUUAUCCAAACCACCUAUAAAACUGAUGCAGAGAGAGUUGUCCUUGAGAAGGCGGGACUUAAGUUAACCCUCAAACAGGUGUUUAACAACCUAAAUAUGGACCCCUAUGAUCUUACUGUAGACUCCUUAGAUGUCCAUGCAGGCAGACAAACCUUUCAUCGCUUUGACAAAUUCAACUCCAAGUACAAUCCAGUAGGAGCAAGUGAGCUACGGGAAAUCUACUUGAAGGCUGACAAUUACAUUAAAGGGGAGUAUUUUGCCCGCUUAAUCAAGGAAGUAGCACAUGAUCUAGAAGAAAGCAAGUAUCAGCAUGCUGAACCGCGACUGUCCAUUUAUGGACGUUCCCCUGAGGAGUGGGAAAGUCUCUCCCAUUGGUUUAUUCAGCACAAAGUGUACUCUCCAAACAUGCGCUGGAUCAUACAAGUGCCCAGAAUAUAUGAUAUUUUCAAGUCACGCAAGUUGAUUCCUAAUUUUGCCAAGAUGCUAGAGAACGUUUUCCUUCCUCUGUUUGAAGCUACAGUGAAUCCCCAGAAACACAAAGAGCUCCACGUAUUUCUAAAAUAUGUGACUGGCUUUGACAGUGUGGAUGAUGAAUCCAAACAUAGCGAUCACAUGUUCUCUUAUAAGAGCCCCAAGCCUGAGCAAUGGACAACAGAUGACAACCCGCCCUACAGCUACUACCUCUUCCACAUGUAUGCCAACAUCAUGGUGCUGAACAACCUCAGGAAGGAACGUGGUCUUAGUACCUUUCAGUUCCGUCCACACUGCGGAGAAGCUGGCUCCAUCACCCAUCUGGUUUCAGCUUUCCUCACUGCAGACAACAUUUCUCACGGCUUAAACCUGAAAAAGAGUCCAGUGCUGCAGUACCUGUAUUAUCUUGCACAAGUACCCAUUGCCAUGUCCCCACUGAGCAACAACAGUCUGUUCCUGGAAUACUCCAAAAACCCACUGCGAGAGUUCCUACACAAAGGCUUGUGCGUGUCGCUCUCUACCGAUGACCCCAUGCAGUUCCAUUACACCAAGGAGGCUUUAAUGGAGGAGUACGCUAUUGCAGCCCAACUUUGGAAGCUGAGCACAUGUGACGUGUGUGAGAUUGCUAGGAACAGCGUCCUGCAGAGUGGCCUUUCCCAUGAGGACAAAAAGCACUUCCUUGGGGUCAGUUACCUAAAAGAUGGACCAGAGGGGAAUGACAUUCGGCGGACAAACGUAGCCCAGAUCCGUAUGGCCUACAGACACGAGACACUGUGUAAUGAGCUCAGCUUCCUCGUAGACGCAGUGAAGUCAGAGGUCGUCGGGUCACAGUAGCCGUCUAAUACGUCUCUGCAAAGCCCUCUGUGCCCGUAUAUGCAUGAUUGCUAUUUUUAUAAACAGUAGGAGUGAAUGCACAGGGACCCAAAUGCAACACUGUUUAUUAUCUAGUCUUGCUGUGCUUCUCAGAUUUCUCAUACUCGGCCUUCUCGUAAAAAAAACGCCAUCUUUUGCCUAUGCAACGACUUGAAAUGGAGGUUUGCAAUGACUUGAAAAGGGUUUGGCGUGCUUGACGUCGCGCUACACGGGCAGUGUCUCCCUCCUGUGGAGAUUUGGGAACCAUAUCCUUCAAAAAAGCAGAAAUAGGCAGGCGACAAGACGCUUCUGUGGCAAAGCAAAUGGUCUGGAACAUUCCGCCACUGCUCGGCAGCACAUACGAAGAAAAAAAAAACCCUGCAGGAUUAGCUUAGAUAUGUAUACAGCCUCUUAAAGUCUGGUGUAGGGUUGGAGCUGUGGUUUGUCAUGUGGAGCUUCAUUUCCUAUAAAUUCCUGUGCAUUCUUGACUGUAGUAGAAAAACAUAUUAAAUAGAAAAA